UAAAGAUGAACCGACUUUUUUUUUUUAAAAAUAAAAAAAAAGUUAGGUUUGGUGGAUCCAUGUACAAUUUAGAUUUGUUUAUGCCAAACUUGAAUCAACUUAAAGUGGAUGUUUAGAUGGAAAUCUUGUCAUAAAUUGUUGCCUCUAAUUCAAAUCACUAAUUACUUGUACAUUAAUUAAUGAUUCUUGAUCAUCGAGACUAAUCAAAUAAAGUGAGGAUCCCCUCCACUUUAGAGUUAGAUUGCAGAGAGUCAGUUAGUCAAUCAUGGCCGUCCAUGGAACUAUAACAAAGAAAGAAAUCAGCUCCUUGAUGCACGGAUGGAAUAUUGUGUGUUAUCGUGAUGCUACAUUCUGAGCGGGAAAGCACGAUCGAACGGCCCAUAUCAAUUCUCCGCCGGGCCGCCUUAAUACCAUCCAUACUAUAAAUUUUGGAAUUUUACCCCCGCCCCUCGUCUCCCCUCGUUUUCCCAUUUCUCCAUCACCUCAUGGCGUCCGGUACCCCAACAAAACCCAGGAGACGAAGAGCCAAGAAAUCGAAAAACGAACCCCUUUCCCCCCCUCCAAUCUCCUUCCUCGCUCCGGACUGGCCCAAAGGGCUCCUCGAAGCUUCUUCUCGUGGAGAUCUCCCUGUUCUCAAGCAGGCGGCAAGAAUGCCCGACGAUAGAAGGGGUUUAGCCGCAACCAUCAGAGAUGUGAAGAACGAACUCGGCCGCGGAGCUUUCCAUUUAGCUGCCAUCGGCGGGCAAAAGGAAGUGUGCAAGUAUUUGGUUGAGGAGAUCAAACUCGACAUUAACUCUCUCUCCGACAAAGAUGAAACUCCAAUUUACCUGGCAACUUUAUAUGGAAAGCAUGAGACCGCCACCUAUCUUUUUCAUCACGGCGCCAAUCCUGCUAUACAGAACAAAUCGGGGAUAACUCCUCUGCACCAUGCCACGGGAAAGGGUUCUUGAAUUUUCCUUCCUGGUCUUGGCGAAAUACCUGUUAUGGAAAUUAAAAGGGAUUUAAGGCUGACACUUGCUUUAAGAUCUUGUUCUAAAUAAAAUGUCUGGUGAAGAGUACAGACAAGUGGUUUGAUACAGACGCCAGAACCUGUGGCAGAUAUUGCUUCUUUGGUAACAACUGAAGAUGGACAACUACCUCUUGAAGGUACAAGGAAGUCAAAUCUGAAUCACAUGCCCUUAAUCUUGGUUCUCAUAGAUGCAGCGGAUCUUUUGGAUUGAUAUGGGGUAAGAAAAUUAUGUAAAUAAUGGAUGGGGGACAAAGAGAUGAAAGAGCAAGGAGAUCGGGAAUAUAAAGGAUAGGAAAAAGAGGAACACCAACACAAUCAAGAAGAAAGCCCAAGAAGGUUUCGCACAGUGGCUUUACACCAAUGAUGAUGUCUGUACUUGCUGACUCACUGCAAUGCAUGGAGGAACUGAUCAAGGCAAACGAGCUUGUUGGCCAUAUGUGCUUUAAUAUCUCAUAGUGAGCUCAUUUCUGGUUUUUGACUGAGGCUUCAUGGGGUUUGACUGAUGAUAUAUCCAGCAAAUCUUCUUUAGACAAAUCUGAUUGGCCUAGAAAGAAAAUGUCCACCAUGUAGCAGAAUGGAAGUUCUUUGCUGAUCCAUUGAGCUUUGAUAUUACUUAUCUAAACAGCAUGAAGAUGAUUAUAUGAAAGUAAGCCUGGAUCUUUCAUCAUCUAAAUGACCAUAAUGUUCACUUAGGAGUGACCACAAAGAAAUUCAGCAAAUAAAGGAAUUCAUAAGAUCUGCUGUUCUUAAGAUCUUCAUUGAAAAAAAAUGGAGAAUUUCACACCUUUGGCCUGGCAGCAGCCUGCUUUCUAAUCAGGUGGCUCAGAGAAGCCCUAUUAAAGAAUCGCUUGGCUCAUGAAAUUUCUCAAACAAAUUACAAAAUGUGGUAGGACCACAAAAAACAAAAUUUAUCAGGGAGAGCAAAGAGAGCUCUCACUUCUGAGAUGCGAAGAAUUCUUCAAAACAAUUUAUUAUGUAUUCUGUUCAUGUAGGCAGGCUCUGAUGUGAAUGGUAAUAUUUCCGUUGGAGUAACUCCCAUAGGAUUGUCAGCUCGUGGUGGCUUGACUGAGAUUAUCGAAUGCUUACCGAAAGCUGGGGCUGAUGCAUAUAUACCUAAUAUAGUAAGUGCUCAUAUCUUUGCCUUGUUUAUUUUUCUGGCGGUUUUUGGCUCUCUAGAAUUCUUAGAUUGGCUUAGCAGAAGCCCCAGAAGCAAACGUGGUGAUGAACUUCAUAUUGACAACAAAGUAAAUACUAGUAUGCCACACUGCUAUGCUGUAGCUUUGAUGUCCUGCUUUCUCUUUGAUUGAUCCUCAGAAUGUCCAUUCUAUGAACUUUACAAUGCACGUGGGAACUUUCUCGUUUUAUAUUGUCAUCUCACGAACUUAGCAGCAAAAAGGGUUUCUACAACAAAUGGAUGUCAUGUACAGCAUACCAUGAGGUGGUGUAAAAGGUAAUGGUAAUUAUUGACUCUAUGAAAAACUGGUGUGUGGUGUCAAUUGAUGGAACGAAGUCAGCAUCAUUAUUGUCAAAAACUCAAGUGCCAAGAACAAUACUAGUGAUUCCUUCUGCCCCGCCCUUUUUCCUUUUACUCCUGCAACUCCCUUGUGCUUGAAUACCAGCAGAAUACUAACAUGUUGGGAAACAUUGUUGUGCUGUACAGAGUGUAAGAUGAUGUUGCAUGCCUUAUGAAACUCAUCUUUCUCUUUUCUUGUUCUUUUGCUCUGUAAAUUUCAAGAUGGGCUGAUGAAGCCAAUUGAAAUUGCUGCAGUUUUUGGUAAACGACAAGAUGUUGAAAUACUUUUUCCUUCAACAUCCCCCAUUUCAAGUGUGCCAGACUGGAGCAUUGAUGGAAUUAUUAUUGAUCUAAAAUUGAAAGUUCCCAAACAACUGGUGUGCAAUCCUGAAUCCUAGAAAAAAAACUCUACGUUGUUGCCCCACUGCCCCCUACGGACAAUCCCAGGAAAAAAGAUAGAGAGAGAAAGAAGAAAAGAAAACCACUAGUAUAUCUCUCAUAUGUAUUAUUAUCUUACAGAUUUCAUUCUGAAAUACUUGAUGCAUGCAUCAAGGUCUCAUUUAUAUUUACAAAACUGAAUACCUGCUUCAGGAAAUGGUUACUAUUUAAGAUUUAUGAUGUCAAAUCUUCAGUGCCAGAUUACAUCAAAUUGCAUAAAUUAUUGAAACUGAAAAAGGAAGAACUGAAAAUUGAUCUUUUUCUACCAAUUCAAUAUUCUUUACUAUUUUGAAUGCUUACAUUUGCAGAAAAGGGACUAGAAAGGAGCAAAAGUUCUAUUAUUUAACUGAGGUCAAAGAAAAUUAUACAUCUAUACAGUCUGAACUAGUAUUACCUGGAUAUGUAGCAAUCGGAGUUACAGAAUUUCAAGUGCCCAACAUAAUAGCUUGUGAAAAUUUAAUUGGAGGCUUUCAAGAAACACUACUUUAUAAAACUCUGGAUAACACAAGUUGUUUGUGAUUGUAUAUUCUUAUUUCUACAAUAAACAUGUACAGAAUCAAUGCGAUGCGAUUAUUACUAUUAGUGUCUUAAUAAUGUUGUCAAAUUGCUUAUUUUUGGCUGUACAGUUACAUAUUCAUAGCAAAGUUGUGCAGAACCCUGCUGUGGAAUACUAAUUGCAGAGUUCUGAUUCACAUGUCAGUAGGAAUGCUAUGAUGGUUUUAGAGAGACAUGAAUGCAUUUUGGGGAAUCAUGUGUAUUUGCUGGUUUCCUAGAAAUCUUCCACAGCAAGGGUUUCAAAACUAUAGUUCUGGAUGUGAUGCAAGAUAGGUCUUACUGUUGGGUUUAGGUAGUGGUCAAUUUUGCAUAAUAUUAUUGCCUUUUAUUUGUUAUUUCAUUGAAAAUUUUGUUGAAAUUCUUCUUAUUGUUCUAGUUUUGUUCACAUACUUGUUCCAUUUUGUUAUACCAUAUGAAUCGACUGUUUAACUUUCUAACUUACUUUGGUCAUGCAGGUCCACUUAAAUUUUUUCUCUGUUCUCUUAUCCAAGUAAAGUGCAUCUUGAUCUUUUCAGUGAGGCUUUGUCAGGACGUACAUUUUUGCCUAGUUCCCACAAUUAGGCUCGAAGAAAGUCAAAUCUCAAUUGUAUUAGCACCUAAAAUCUUAUGGAAUGAGUAAUCUCAACUUAAGCACAACUUUCUUUCUGCUUUAUAAAGAAUGGCUUUCCAGGAACUUAUAUUUUUGCUAAUAAAAGUAAAUAAUAGACAUAUUUGUAUAAUGGAUUCUUAUGUUCUGCAUAUCAUUGUGGAAUACGUGCAUAUGAGUAUGUCUAUUGAUUUGUCCCCUGGUUUUGUAGUCUGUGGAGGCCAUUUUGUUAGUACCGACUACAUCUAGCACUAUGCACAUCGUAAUGCAUAAAGAUGAGCUUUACUUUUGUGAGUUCAGUCAUGUUUGCUAGGUUUGUUAAUCACAUAAUUCAAUCAUGCCAUAAUAUUUACAUUGUCUAUUACAAAUUUCAAACUUUCAGAAAAAGUAUAUAAUAUACUUCAUAUGAACUCCAAACUUCAUUAUUGGAGUGAAAAUAUAGUUAUGCUAUACUUGCUGCAUAGAUUUAUGCCUUGGUGGUAGAUAAUAUUAAGGCGUUUCUCCCUUUGAUUUUUUUUAUUCUUGUAUCUGUUUAGGAUACUGUGACUUUUUGUGCUUACUUAUUUCAAGACAAAUACAUGUGCACCUCGAAGACUCUUGUGGAAUGACUCCUCUGCAUGUGGCUGCUGGUUGUGGACAAGAAUCUACUACAAAGAUUUUGUUGAAUCACAAAGCAGAUUUAAUGUUCUAUGUUUCAUUAUCAUCAGCAUGUCUUAGAUGUUCGUUUCCAUGGUCAAAAUUCUUUUGCUUAUUAUGUGGACUUUAUCACUAUCUCCAGUAUGAAUUGUCAAAAUUUAUAUGCUUAUAAGCAGCAUAUUUCUCAUAUGACUCAGGGAGACAUCAGUGUCUGUAGAUGAUUGGAAUGAAUGGGGGAGACAUCAUUUUUUUUAAAGUGAGGAUCUCAAGACUUCAAUCAAUGCUCAUGAUAGAACAAGUGUACAAUUGGAUUGAUCUAUAUGGCGUAUGGUAUCAUGAAUAUAUGUUUGUAUGUCCGCAUAGAUGUAUAUAUGACUGUAUGAAUAGAUACAAAAUGGAGAACUCAAGCAAACUAGAUGAAAUAACUUGGCAAAAUUUUCUUACUCUACACCAGUUUACUACAAAUUGUUUGUCACCAUAUCUUACUUCUGCAUCAUCAUCUCUUUCGUCGAAAAUGCAAUUUAAUGUUUUAAACCUUCAUCCUCCUACAUUUUGGGAAAUAGUCUUCUUCGCAACUGAGGUAGCUUUCAAUUUUCACACUUGUACUCCUAGUCCUAAAGCAGGGUUAAAGCUAUAGUUUGAGAAAGUCAAUUAAGUGCAUUGGAAUUGAGGUGGAUGAAGGCAAAUGAAUUGUAGUUUAGAGAUUAUGCUCAUUUGGCAACAGAAGGAUGUUGACUUUCCAAAAGAGCAUUUUUGGUGCUAGUAUGCUUUUUGGGGUCAGUGUUCUCCGAUAAUUGAUGGCAGUGUUGUCAUCUUGAGAUUGAAUUUGGAAAUCAAGUUCCCUAUCCAAGUGCUUACAAGUUAUAAUAUUUGGACCUUAAAGAUGAAACAUGAAGGUCUAUGGCAAAUUUAUCGUUUGUAGGUCAUUUUGCAGAAAAGUGUGGUCCUUCACAGCAGGUCAACAUGGAUGAACGCGUACAGUAUCUGAGGCUGGAGGCAAGUUUCAUACAUUUUUGUCUGUUAAAGCUCAAGAGAAUCGGAAGGUUGACAUACAUGAUGAUUGAACUACUAAUAAAAGCAUGUAUUUGUUAUGCACAUGUGAUUCAAAUCAUUGAAAAGCUUACCAUACAAGCUUUUUAGUGUGUCAUGAUCAAAUUUGAGCUUGUGUCGAGGUAAUAGGUGCAAGUAAUUAAAGUUUGAACAUAUUUGGAGCAAGUUCAGGGUCUGGUACAGCAAACAACUAUGUUGGCUUUAACUUUAACAUGGAUUUCUUUAUUUGACCCAAUGGAACUAACUUAAGUUCAUGUUUUGAUUGGAUAUAUCUCCUAUCCCUUUAUGGAAUCCAAUAGAAGUAUAGUGGGACAGGUUUAUUAAUUCAAUCGGUGACAGGUGAUUUUAAUAAUUCAACUCAAGGUUUUUUAUUUCUUUUCCUUUUUUCCCUUCUUUUCUUUCUUCUUUUCAGCUCAAUAUAAUGAGAAUGACAAAUUCAUGAAGGUACAAUUGAUAUUCUUGUAUUUUUUUGAAUUAAAUGAAGUAUCAGACUUUUCAUUAAAAUUACUAGAUGAGGCAUCACAUGCCUCCUCAAUUUAUUCUUCUUCAUUUACCUAAUUCAUUAUUCUACUCUUUCUAUAGAUCUUUGCAAUGAUGAUAUCAGAUUUCAUAACUUUUGCAUAAAUUGGUACUAUUAGGUUGGACCUCAUAUAUAAGGAUGAAAUAAGUUAAAGCAUUCCGAGGGCUUUAUCAUGAAUAGAAGAUAAGGGUAAGGCCAAGUGCUUCCCUAAUGGGAAUUCUACAGAAUGUGGUACAACAAGACUCUGCUGAGGCUACUAGCAGAAAAUAUUGUGAGCUCUCGUAGUUAUUUAACUUUGUUUGGUAGUUGUUUCCUUGUAUGACUUUCCUUUCAUGAAUUCCUUGUGUGAGCUAUAAUUGUCCAAGUUCUUUGUUUCCAUGUGCCUUUGCGAUUAUUAUCAUUUAAUCAUCGACUUAAUUUUGGUUGACUCAUCAUUUGAUCAAGUAUCUUGGUUGAUAUUUGGUUGAUGUGUGGUGCAAACAGUUCAAAUUACUCAUGGCAUAAUCCUCUUGCUUGUAUGAAUUUCUGAACAAAAAUAAGAUGGUGAGAACAAACUGGAAGACCAACAUUACCAAGCUUGCUAACAAACAGUAAUUUCUCCGCACCCAAAAAGAAAGUACAUUUUCUCAGAUUAGCAUGAAUCUUGCAGUAUUGCAAGUGGCUGAUAGAAUGGGGGGGUAUUAUUGGUUCCUCCUGAUAGAUAGUCAGGGUAGCACAAAUGGCAUGAGUUAUCUAACUUGUCUAGACAGAAAGAAGUUCUGGUAAGUCUUUCAGAUCAGAUAUGGUAUUUUUUGUCCUAUGUGGUAAUUUCUCUUUUGGCUUACUUCUGUUACCAUCUUGCCUGUUUUUGCUAUUACAUCUGUAACGAGUUAUGUGGAAAGAAACGAUAUAUGCAGCAUGGUGUAGUUCUUGUACCUUACAUGUUAUUCUACAACAGAAGAUCUUUGUUAUAUUUUAGUUUUGUUGGAGGUAUUAGUCAAAUUGUUUUACUUCAACUUGCUUCUACAUUUCCAGCCCAAGAAGGCUUCGCACAAUGGCUUUACACCAUUGAUGAUGUCUGUUCUUGCUCACUCACUGCAAUGCAUGGAGGAACUGAUUGAGGUAAACAAGCUUGUCGGCCAUAUGUGCUUUAAUAUCUCAUAGUGAGCUCAUUUCUGGUUUUUGACUGAGGUAUAAUUGAGAAAUCAUGUACCAUUGAUUGGGAUCAUUGUUUGUUUCUAUGAAAUUUCUUGCUGACGCUGGAUUACAGGCUUCAUGGGGUUUGACUGAUGAUAUAUCCAGCAAAUCUUCUUUAGACAAAUCUGAUUGGUAUGCAGCAAUCACACAGCAGUUUCCAGAAUUUGCAAAUUAAUACCUUUGGCUACAUCUACUUUUGCGCGUAUAUAUCUCAUCUUUAUUUCUUGUGAUUGAUAUUUAAGGCUAAGAAAGAUAAUGUCCACCAUGUAGCAGAAUGGAAGUUCUUUGCUGAUCCAUUGAGCUUUGAUAUUACUUAUCUAAACAGCAUGAAGAUGAUUAUAUGAAAGUAAGCCUGGAUCUUUCAUCAUCUAAAUGACCAUAUUGUUCACUUAGGAGUGCCCACAAAGAAAUUCAGCAAAUAAAGGAAUUCAUAAGAUCUGCUGUUCUUAAGAUAUUCAUUGAAAAAAAAUGGAGAAUUUCACACCUUUGGCCUGGCAGCAGCCUGCUUUCUAAUCAGGUGGCUCAGAGAAGCCCUAUUAAAGAAUCGUCUUGGCUCAUGAAAUUUCUCAAACAAAUUACAAAAUGUGGUAGGACCACAAAAAAUAAAAUUUAUCAGGGAGAGCAAAGAGAGCUCUCACUUCUGAGAUGCGAAGAAUUCUUCAAAACAAUUUAUUAUGUAUUCUGUUCAUGUAGGCAGGCGCUGAUGUGAAUGGUAAUAUUUUCGUUGGAGUAACUCCCGUAGGAUUGUCAUCUCAUGGUGGCUUGACUGAGAUUAUCGAACGCUUACUGAAAGCUGGGGCUGAUGCAAAUAUACCUAAUAUAGUAAGUGCUCAUAUCUUUUCCUUGUUUAUUUUUCUGGCGGUUUUUGGCUCUCUAGAAUUCUCAGAUUGGUUUAGCAGAAGCCCCAGAAAGCAAACAUGGUGAUGAACUUCAUAUUGACAACAAAGUAAAUGCGAGUAUGCCACACUGCUAUGCUGUAGCUUUGAUGUCAUGCUUUCUCUUUGAUUGAUUCUCAGAAUGUCCAUUCUAUGAACUUUACAAUGCACGUGGGAACUUUCUCGUUUUAUAUUGUCAUCUCAUGAACUUAGCAGCAAAAAGGGUUUCUACAACAAAUGGAUGUCAUGUACAGCAUACAAUGAGGUGGUGUAAAAGGUAAUGGUAAUUAUUGACUCUAUGAAAAACUAGUGUGUGGUGUCAAUUGAUGGAACGAAGUCAGCAUCAUUAUUGUCAAAAACUCAAGUGCCAAGAACAAUACUAGUGAUUCCUUCUCCCCCGCCCUUUUCCCUUUUACUCCUGCAACUUCCUUGUGCUUGAAUACCAGCAGAAUACUAACAUGUUGGGAAACAUUGUUGUGCUGUACAGAGUGUAAGAUGAUGUUGCAUGCCUUAUGAAACUCAUCUUUCUCUUUUCUUGUUCUUUUGCCCUGUAAAUUUCAGGACGGGCUGAUGGAGCCAAUUGAAAUUGCUGCAGUAUUUGGUAAACGACAAGAUGUUGAAAUCCUUUUUCCUUCAACAUCCUCCAUUUCAAGUGUGCCAGACUGGAGCAUUGAUGGAAUUAUUACUGAUCUAAAAUUGAAAGUUCCCAAACAACUGGUGUGCCAUUCGGAAUCCCAGAAAAAAAUUCUACAUUGUUGCCCCACUGCCCCCUACGCACAAUCUCGGGAAAAAAGACAGAGAGAGAAAGAAGAAAAGAAAACCAUGAGUAUCUCUCUCAUAUGUAUUAUUAUCUUACAGAUUUUAUUCUGAAAGACUUGAUGCAUGCAUCAAGGUCUCAUUUAUAUUUACAAAACUGAAUACCUGCUUCAGGAAAUUGUUACUAUUUAAGAUUUAUGAUGUCAAAUCUUCAGUGCCAGAUUACAUCAAAUUGCAUAAAUUAUUGAAAUUGAAAAAGGAAGAACUGAAACUUGAUCUUUUUCGACCAAUUCAAUAUUCUUUACUAUUUUGAAUGCUUACAUUGGCAGACAAGGGACUACAAAGGAGCAAAAGUUCUAUUAUUUAAGUGAGGUCAAAGAAAAUUAUACAUCUAUACAGUUUGAACUAGUAUUACCUGGAUAUGUAGCAGUCAGAGUUACAGAAUUUCAAGUGCCCAACAAAAUAGCUUGUGAAAAUUUAAUUGGAGGCUUUCAAGAAACACUACUUUAUAAAACUCUAGAUAACAGAAGUUGUUUGUGAUUGUAUAUUCUUAUUUCUACAAUAAACAUGUACAGAAUCAACGCGAUGCGAUUAUUACUAUUAGUGUCUUAAUAAUGUUGUCAAAUUGCUUAUUUUUGGCUGUACGGUUACAUAUUCAUAGCAAAGUUGUGCAGAACCCUGCUGUGGAAUACUAAUUGCAGAGUUCUGAUUCACAUGUCAGUAGGAAUGCUAUGAUGGGUUUAUAGAGACAUGAAUGCAUUUUGGGGGAUCAUGUCUAUUUGCUGGUUUCCUAGAAAUCUUCCACAGCAAGGGUUUCAAAACUAUAUUUCUAGAUGUGAUGCAAGAUAGGUCUUACUGUUGGGUUUAAGUAGGGGUCAAUUUUGCAUAACAUUAUUGCCUUUUAUUUGUUAUUUCAUUGAAAAUUUUGUUGAAAAUUGAAAUUCUUCUAAUUGUUCUAGUUCUGUUCACGUACUUGUUCCAUUUUGUUAUACCAUAUGAAUCGACUGUUUAACUUUCUUACUUUGGUCAUGCAGGUCCACUUAAAUUUUUUCUCUGUUCUCUUAUCCAAGUAAAGUGCAUUUUGAUCCUUUUAGUGAGGCUUUGUCAGAACAUACAUUGUUGCCUCGUUCCCACAAGCUCGAAGAAAGUCGAAUCUCAAUUGUAUUAGCACCUAAAAUCUUAUAGAAUGAGUAAUCUCAACUUAAGCACAACUUUCUUUCUGCUUUAUAAAGAAUGGUUUUCCAGGAACUUAUAUUUUUGCUAAUAAAAGUAAAUAAUAGACAUAUUUGUAUAAUGGAUUCUUAUGUUCUGCCUAUCAUUGUGGAAUGCGUGCAUAUGAGUAUGUCUAUUGAUUUUUACCCUGGUUUUUUUGUCUGUGGAGGCCAUUUUGUUAGUACCAACUACAUCUAGCACUAUGCACAUCGUAAUGCAUAAAGAUGAGCUUUACUUAUGUGAUUUCAGUCAUGUUUGCUAGGUUUGUUUAUCACAUAAUUCAAUCAUGCCAUAAUAUUUACAUUGUCUAUUACAAAUUUAAAACUUUCUGAAAAAAUAUAUUAUAUACUUCAUAUGAACUCCAAACUUCAUUAUUGGACUGACAAUAUACUUAUGCUAUACUUGCUGCAUAGAUUUAUGCCUUGGUGUUAGAUAAUAUUAAGGCAUUUCUUCCUUUGAUUUUUUUUAUUCUUGUAUCUUUUUAGGAUACUGUGACUUUUUAUGCUUACUUAUUUCAAGACGAAUACAUGUGGACCUCGAAGACUCUCGUAGAAUGACUCCUCUGCAUGUGGCUGCUGGUUGUGGACAAGAAUCUACUACAAAGAUUUUGUUGAAUCACAAAGCAGAUUUAAUGUUCUAUGUUUCAUUAUCAUCAGCAUGUCUUAGAUGUUCGUUUCCAUGGUCAAAAUUCUUUUGCUUACUAUGUGGACUUUAUCACUAUCUCCUAUAUGAAUCAUCUAAAUUUAUAUGCUUAUAAGCAGCAUAUUUCUCUUAUGACUCAGGGAGCCAUCAGUGUCUAUAGAUGAUUGGAAUGAAUGGGGCACACAUCAUUUUUUUUUGAGUGAGGAUCACAAGACUUCAAUCAAUGCUCAUGAUAGAACAAGUGUACAAUUGGAUUGAUCUAUAUGGCGUAUUCUAUCAUGAAUAUAUGUUUGUAUGUCCACAUAGAUGUGUAUAUGACUGUAUGAAUAGAUACAAAAUGGAGAACUCAAGCAAACUAGAUGAGAUAACUUGGCAAAAUUUUCUUACUCUACACCAGUUUACCACAAAUUGUUUGUCACCAUAUCUUACUUCUCCAUCAUCAUCUCUUUCCUCGCAAAUGCAAUUUAAUGUUUUAAACCUUCAUCCUCCUACAUAUUGAGAAAUCAUCUUCUUCACAACUGAGGUAGCUUUCAAUUUUCACACAUGUACUCCUAGUCCUAAAGCAGGGUUAAAGCUAUUGUCUGAGAAAGUCAAUUAAGUGCAUCGGAAUUGAGGUGGAUGAAGGCAAACGAAUUGUAGUUUAGAGAUUAUGCUCAUUUGGCAACAGAAGGAUGUUGACUUUCCAAAAGAGCAUUUUUGGUGCUAGUAUGCUUUUUGGGGUCAGUGUCCUCCUAUAAUUGAUGGCAGUGUUGUCAUCUUGAGAUUGAAUUUGAAAAUCAAGUCCCUAUCCAAGUGCUUACAAGUUAUAAUAUUUGGACCUUAAAGAUGAAACAUGAAGGUCUGUGGCAAAUUUAUAGUUUGCAGGUCAUUUUGCAGAAAAGUAGAUGUAGCACAAAUGGCAUGAGUUAUCAAACUUGUCUAGACAGAAAGAAGUUCUGGUAAGUCUUUCAGAUCAGAUAUGGUAUUUUUUAUCCUAUGUGGUAAUUUCUCUUUGGGGCUUACUUCUGUUACCAUCUUGCCUGUUUUUGCUACUACAUAUGUAACGAGUCAUGUGGAAAGGCACGAUAUAUGCAGCAUGGUGUAGUUCUUGUACCUUACACGUUAUUCUACAGCAGAAGAUCUUUGUUAUAUUUUAGUUUUGUUGGAGGUAUUAGUCAUUUUUUUUUACUUCAACUUGCUUCUACAUUUCCAGCCCAAGAAGGUUUCGCACAAUGGCUUUACACCAAUGAUGAUGUCUGUACUUGCUGACUCACUGCAAUGCAUGGAGGAACUGAUCAAGGCAAACGAGCUUGUUGGCCAUAUGUGCUUUAAUAUCUCAUAGUGAGCUCAUUUCUGGUUUUUGACGGAGGUAUAAUUGAAAAAUCAUCUACCAUUGAUUGGGAUCAUUGUUUGCUUCUAUGAAAUUUCUUGCUGACGCUGGAUUAAAGGCUUCAUGGGGUUUGACUGAUGAUAUAUCCAGCAAAUCUUCUUUAGACAAAUCUGAUUGGCCUAGAAAGAAAAUGUCCACCAUGUAGCAGAAUGGAAGUUCUUUGCUGAUCCAUUGAGCUUUGAUAUUACUUAUCUAAACAGCAUGAAGAUGAUUAUAUGAAAGUAAGCCUGGAUCUUUCAUCAUCUAAAUGACCAUAAUGUUCACUUAGGAGUGACCACAAAGAAAUUCAGCAAAUAAAGGAAUUCAUAAGAUCUGCUGUUCUUAAGAUCUUCAUUGAAAAAAAAUGGAGAAUUUCACACCUUUGGCCUGGCAGCAGCCUGCUUUCUAAUCAGGUGGCUCAGAGAAGCCCUAUUAAAGAAUUGUCUUGGCUCAUGAAAUUUCUCAAACAAAUUACAAAAUGUGGUAGGACCACAAAAAACAAAAUUUAUCAGGGAGAGCAAAGAGAGCUCUCACUUCUGAGAUGCGAAGAAUUCUUCAAAACAAUUUAUUAUGUAUUCUGUUCAUGUAGGCAGGCGCUGAUGUUAAUGGUAAUAUUUUCGUUGGAGUAACUCCCGUAGGAUUGUCAGCUCGUGGUGGCUUGACUGAGAUUAUCGAACGCUUACUGAAAGCUGGGGCUGAUGCAAAUAUACCUAAUAUAAAUGUCCAUUCUAUGAAAUUUACAAUGCACGUGGGGACUUUCUCGUUUUAUAUUGUCAUCUCACGAACCGAGCAGCAAAAAGGGUUUCUACAACAAAUGGAUGUCAUGUACAGCAUACCAUGAGGUGGUGUAAAAGGACGGGCUGAUGGAGCCAAUUGAAAUUGCUGCAGUAUUUGGUAAACGACAAGAUGUUGAAAUCCUUUUUCCUUCAACAUCCUCCAUUUCAAGUGUGCCAGACUGGAGCAUUGUUGGAAUUAUUACUGAUCUAAAAUUGAAAGUUCCCAAACAACUGGUGUGCCAUUCGGAAUCCCAGAAAAAAAUUCUACAUUGUUGCCCCACUGCCCCCUACGCACAAUCUCGGGAAAAAAGACAGAGAGAGAAAGAAGAAAAGAAAACCAUGAGUAUCUCUCUCAUAUGUAUUAUUAUCUUACAGAUUUUAUUCUGAAAGACUUGAUGCAUGCAUCAAGGUCUCAUUUAUAUUUACAAAACUGAAUACCUGCUUCAGGAAAUUGUUACUAUUUAAGAUUUAUGAUGUCAAAUCUUCAGUGCCAGAUUACAUCAAAUUGCAUAAAUUAUUGAAAUUGAAAAAGGAAGAACUGAAACUUGAUCUUUUUCGACCAAUUCAAUAUUCUUUACUAUUUUGAAUGCUUACAUUUGCAGACAAGGGACUACAAAGGAGCAAAAGUUCUAUUAUUUAAGUGAGGUCAAAGAAAAUUAUACGUCUAUACAGUUUGAACUAGUAUUACCUGGAUAUGUAGCAGUCAGAGUUACAGAAUUUCAAGUGCCCAACAAAAUAGCUUGUGAAAAUUUAAUUGGAGGCUUUCAAGAAACACUACUUUAUAAAACUCUAGAUAACAGAAGUUGUUUGUGAUUGUAUAUUCUUAUUUCUACAAUAAACAUGUACAGAAUCAACGCGAUGCGAUUAUUACUAUUAGUGUCUUAAUAAUGUUGUCAAAUUGCUUAUUUUUGGCUGUACGGUUACAUAUUCAUAGCAAAGUUGUGCAGAACCCUGCUGUGGAAUACUAAUUGCAGAGUUCUGAUUCACAUGUCAGUAGGAAUGCUAUGAUGGGUUUAUAGAGACAUGAAUGCAUUUUGGGGGAUCAUGUCUAUUUGCUGGUUUCCUAGAAAUCUUCCACAGCAAGGGUUUCAAAACUAUAUUUCUAGAUGUGAUGCAAGAUAGUCUUACUGUUGGGUUUAAGUAGGGGUCAAUUUUGCAUAAUAUUAUUGCCUUUUAUUUGUUAUUUCAUUGAAAAUUUUGUUGAAAAUUGAAAUUCUUCUAAUUGUUCUAGUUCUGUUCACGUACUUGUUCCAUUUUGUUAUACCAUAUGAAUCGACUGUUUAACUUUCUAACUUACUUUGGUCAUGCAGGUCCACUUAAAUUUUUUCUCUGUUCUCUUAUCCAAGUAAAGUGCAUUUUGAUCCUUUUAGUGAGGCUUUGUCAGAACAUACAUUGUUGCCUCGUUCCCACAAGCUCGAAGAAAGUCGAAUCUCAAUUGUAUUAGCACCUAAAAUCUUAUAGAAUGAGAUACUGUGACUUUUUAUGCUUACUUAUUUCAAGACAAAUACAUGUGGACCUCGAAGACUCUCGUAGAAUGACUCCUCUGCAUGUGGCUGCUGGUUGUGGGCAAGAAUCUACUACAAAGAUUUUGUUGAAUCACAAAGCAGAUUUAAUGUUCUAUGUUUCAUUAUCAUCAGCAAAAAAUCUUUGUUAUAUUUUAGUUUUGUUGGAGCCCAAGAAGGUUUCGCACAAUGGCUUUACACCAUUGAUGAUGUCUGUUCUUGCUGACUCACUGCAAUGCAUGGAGGAACUGAUCGAGGCUUCAUGGGGUUUGAUUGAUGAUAUAUCCAGCAAAUCUUCUUUAGACAAAUCUGAUUGGAUUGACCACAAGGGAAUUCAGCAAAUAAAGGAAUUCAUAAGAUCUGCUGUUCUUAAGAUCUUCAUUGAAAAAAAAUGGAGAUUUUCACACCUUUGGCCUGGCAGCAGCCUGCUUUCUAAUCAGGCAGGUGCUGAUGUGAAUGGUAAUAUUUCCGUUGGAGUAACUCCCUUAGGAUUGUCAGCUCAUGGUGGCUUGACUGAGAUUAUCGAACGCUUACUGAAAGCUGGGGCUGAUGCAAAUAUACCUAAUAUUGAUGGGCUGAUGAAGCCAAUUGAAAUUGCUGCAGUAUUUAGUAAACGACAAGAUGUUGAAAUCCUUUUUCCUUCAACAUCCCCCAUUUCAAGUGUGCCAGACUGGAGCAUUGAUGGAAUUAUUACUGAUCUAAAAUUGAAAGUUCCCAUACAACUGGUGUGCAAUCCUGAAUCCCAGAAAAAAACUCUACGUUGUUGCCCCACUGCCCCCUACGGACAAUCCCGGGAAAAAAGACAGAGAGAGAAAGAAGAAAAGAAAACCACGAGUAUCUCUCUCAUAUGUAUUAUUAUCUUACAGAUUUCAUUCUGAAAUACUUGUUGCGUGCAUCAAGGUCUCAUUUAUAUUUACAAAACUGAAUACCUGCUUCAGGAAAUGGUUACUAUUUAAGAUUUAUGAUGUCAAAUCUUCAGUGCCAGAUUACAUCAAAUUGCAUAAAUUAUUGAAACUGAAAAAGGAAGAACUGAAACUUGAUCUUUUUCUACCAAUUCAAUAUUCUUUACUAUUUUGAAUGCUUACAUUUGCAGACAAGGGACUAGAAAGGAGCAAAAGUUCUAUUAUUUAACUGAGGUCAAAGAAAAUUAUACAUCUAUACAGUCUGAACUAGUAUUACCUGGAUAUGUAGCAGUCGGAGUUACAGAAUUUCAAGUGCCCAACAUAAUAGCUUGUGAAAAUUUAAUUGGAGGCUUUCAAGAAACACUACUUUAUAAAACUCUAGAUAACACAAUUUAUUUGUGACUCUAUAUUCUUAUUUCUGCAAUAAACAUGUACAGAAUCAACGUGAUGCGAUUAUUACUAUUAGUGUCUUAAUAAUAGUAAGAAUCAUAUAGGGGCAUGCCACGGAUGAGGAUAUUGUGGACAAGUUUAGAUCUCAUCCUAAUUUUCCAAUUCGACACUGUCGCGCUGAUGGCACACGAUUGGUAACUGCGCUUAGCCUCUCUUAUCCGGCUAUCUAUUGCACUGCUGCUUUCCUUCUCUUGCUUAGUACGGAUACUUGUUUUCACUGGCGCUGGUCCAAUAAAUAGGUAGUACUGCUGCUUUCACUGGCCGGCCCAGUAGCCAAGAAGGGGCUGUGGGCCCCAUUUCCCUACCAAGAUCUGGCCAUAUAAUGAAAGUUUUCACGCUCUUCCGAAAAGAGGAGAUUUUGGUCUUGACUUCAUACCCACCAAACGGAGUUUUUUAGUAUACUAAGGAUGACCCAAAUAAACCAUUUUUCCAUGCUUCCACUAAAGAACGAAAGAGGAAAAAUACUCUUCGUGAGAUCUUCAACUCCCAAGGGUUCGUAUCCUAGAAUCAACAAAUUCCACCCCGCAUUGUUCACAAAAUUUCGGGUCUUCUUUUUCAGCUCUGAUCACUCGAUAAUUUCCACAAGCACAAAUUCUACUUUUUAUGGGUCCAAAGAUUCUUUCACAAAACAAUCCAUCUUUUUCCGGUUUAUUGG